ACUUCAUCCCGCCUCUGCUGGAAGGGGUUCCACAAUCAAUAACAGCAUUCUGACAUAUUGUUUCUAUAACUUGUGUAUGCUAAUGUACUCUAACGGAGAGUUACAUCAUGUUCAUAUUUGGCCCUCGAGACACACAACCUUUCACGGUGUAGUUAAGAUUUGUGAAUCUGGUAGGAAGCUUGCCAUUUAAAAAUACCAUUCUGGCCGAAGUAUACAGAGACGUUAAAUGACUUAACUAUGAAUAGUUAAAAGAGUAUUCAUAGGAGACUGGGGAUGAAGCUGGCUUGGUAUGUGAGGUUUUGAGUCCGCUUACCAGCAACGCAAAAACAAAAAAAAUCCAACACCCCAAAUGCAUUAGCCUUCUCCACUACGCAUUAUUCGGCGUUCUGUUUCGGGUACCAAGGCGGAGGAAGGCGCACACCUGCAGUCUGCUCCACUCACAGUCAAUACCUGGGUCCUGUAUUUCCACCCCCAGGCAAAGUCUGGACUUCGAGGCCCAGGCCUGAGCGACAGAGAGCAAAAUCACAACCAUGGAAAGGUGUAUGGUGACGCACUCCUGUAAUCUCCACGCUCAGAAGGCUGAGGCAGGAGGACUGCCGGGACUUGGAGGUCAGAGCUUGGGCUAUGGAGUGAGAGACGUGAAAUGCGAUGUCGUUUCAAAAGAAAAACGUCUAAUAAGUGCAACACUGGACGCCUGCUAGUUUUUCAGGCAUCCUCAAGCGCAGCCCACACCUCUAGAGGAAACGCCUUUACCAGUGACGGCAUCCUGAGGGGCGGAGCCAGCGAAUUCUCUAGACGAGUCACUGCCCCAGCUGGCGAAGAUGGGGCCAAGCCUGGUCGCGCUGAAGUGACUUACAGCGCCCGCCUCUUUCCUCCCGGCUUUCUCCGGGCUGGGCUGGUCGCUCGCACCACGUGCCUUACUGGCCGUUACCCCAACGCCCUUCCCAGCUGCCUUCUGAAAGCAGCUGUAAAAUGUCGUGAAAGUCUCUGCCGCUUUACGGCUGCCUCUCCCAGAACUAGAGCCUCGGAGCGCCCACCACAGGUAGCGGCUCCUCCAGCGGAGUCGGCCGGAUGGACAGUUGAUCCCCUGCGCUACGCUGGCCUCUCCGCCGCGCCCGUGCGGGCUCCGGGCGAUGUGAACACAAGGCGGCUGCUGUGCCCCCACGCCUGGGGGCUGAGACGGGCGGCAGGUGCUUGGGAGGCGGGCGGGUGCCGGCCCGGCAGGAUGGAGGAGAGCAUGGAAGAAGAGAUGCUCACCUACGAGGCGAUGAUGGACGACCAGAACCACAACAACUGGGAGGCCGCCGUGGACAGCUUCGGGCAGCCCCCGCCGCCGUCUAUCCCGGACCGAGAACCCCCGGGGGGUCAGCUGCUCGCCGUGCCCUCGGACUCCAUGGACAGUAAGGGCCCCAAGGACGGGCUCCCGCUGGGGCCGCCGCCCCUGCCGGAGGCCAACGGGGUGAUCAUGAUGUUGAAGAGCUGCGACGCCGCUGGGGCGAAGACAGCCCCUGCCCCCACCCCCAGCUCCACCAUCAACAUCAACACCUCCACCUCCAAGUUCCUAAUGAAUGUUAUAACAAUUGAAGAUUAUAAGAGCACAUACUGGCCAAAAUUGGACGGUGCCAUAGAUCAGCUUUUAACCCAGAGUCCUGGUGACUAUAUCCCUAUAUCCUAUGAACAGAUUUACAGUUGUGUGUAUAAGUGUGUUUGCCAGCAGCACUCGGAACAGAUGUACAGUGAUCUGAUUAAAAAGAUAACCAAUCACUUAGAGAGAGUCUCAAAGGAGCUUCAGGCCAGUCCUCCAGAUCUUUAUAUUGAAAGAUUUAACAUAGCUCUGGGACAGUACAUGGGAGCAUUGCAGAGCAUCGUGCCUCUUUUCAUAUAUAUGAAUAAGUUCUACAUUGAAACUAAGCUUAACAGAGACUUAAAAGAUGACCUUAUAAAGUUGUUUACGGAACACGUUGCAGAAAAGCACAUUUACAACCUAAUGCCUUUACUUUUAGAAGCCCAGGCAACACCAUUUCAGGUCACACCUUCAACUAUGGCAAAUACUGUGAAAGGCCUGUAUACUCUCAGACCAGAAUGGGUUCAGAUGGCUCCAACUCUGUUUUCUAAAUUUAUCCCAAACAUUCUCCCUCCGGCUGUGGAAUCUGAACUUUCUGAAUAUGCUGCUCAAGAUCAGAAGCUUCAAAGGGAACUUAUACAGAAUGGUUUUACAAGAGGUGACCAGUCCCGGAAGAGAGCAGGGGAUGAGUUGGCAUACAACAGCUCGUCCGCAUGUGCAAGUUCCAGGGGGUACAGAUAGUGACUGCUGAAUGGACUCUUCUCCCGGAGGGAGCACACACUGGAGCUGCAGAAAACUGUUCAGGCUACAGUGGGGCCUGACCACUCAGGAGCUCUGUUGCAAGGCUGUUCUUGGAGAGGGUGCCGGACUUCUUCCUUUUGAUUUUUAAUUUUCAGAGACAAAAACAGUUGCUGCUAGACUUGGGGGUGAUUUUGAAAUGGGACAGUCUUUUAGUGAGUUUAUCCACAGAUUGUGUGAGGGGUAAGCACCUUGGAAAGUGGCCGUGCUAAGCGAAGUCCAACAGCCAAAAUCAGCAGCUUCCUCCAAAAGUACAAGAACGGAAGAAUCUUUUUUUCCUCUUUUCUUUUUUAAAAGCACUUGUUGUGUACGUUUGUGAACUUAGCACUUCAGUGUAUUGGUUUUACGUGUCAAGAGAUCUUUGCUUUAAUACCAAGCAGGUGUUGCAAUACAGUGUUUUCAAAAUCCAUGCUCAACCUGUUUUAAAAUAAUUGUUUAGCAUUAGAAAGUCUUGUUUAAGAAACUCCAACCCUGCUUUCACUGCAACCUUUCCCCGUUGAUUCACAGCUUUUUUCUACACUGUGCCUUGAGCUCUGUGCACUUUGCAAAUGUGUGACCGUGUUGUCAAGCUCACAAUGCCUCCUGGAGAGGUUGAUACCCCAAGCCAGCUCCACAAGGUACCUGAUACGACUUUGUAGCAGGAUCAGACUGAGAACAUGGAAACACUGCACACUGGUCAGCUUUGCACCCUGCUGCCGAGGGCACGCUGGUGUUCAUGUGGGGACCAACUCUCACUGAGGCUUUCCUUCCCCCGCCAGCACCUCCCCUGAUUUCACCAACCGCUGAAGUGUGGGUAGAGCCCUAGUUUGGGGUGGGCAGCCCCCCUGUUAUACUGUGGAGAUUGCCUAACAGUGGGAGCUGCUGUCUGUGACUCCCAAGGGAGCAAUAUAGUUACUAAAACCAAAUAUAGUCCAUGGUGAGUGGUUCCUGAUCUAUCUCAUUCUAAUGGGUGUAGUAAGCACUUGUGAAAGUGUACCUAGUGUCUUACAUCAUGCUUGCUAUUGUAGUGCGGUGGGGAGAGUUUGCUGGUGUUUAAAGGCUCUCCUUGGCUGUGGUUAAGCUGUAUUUUGUGUUUCACCGUACCAGCAGUCCUGUUUAGAUUCUCAGAAAAGUCUGAGACUUAUUCUAGCUGAUUUCAAAUGAUAAAGCAAAAUACAUGUAGCAAGGGAAGAAUACUUUUCUUCUUAGUUUUGCUUGAAUGUGCAGUGAGCAGAGGCUUUAUGUGGCCAGGAUCCACCAGAUCAAUACUGACGCCCCUCCCAGGCUGCCUCUGCCAGCACAGUGGGUGGGAGAGUUAGCAGUGGGACCCUGGGAGAGAUUGUCACCCAGUGGCAGUCCUUGAUUUGUACAAUGAUUGCUCGGGGUGGGGCCGGGGGGGGAUAGUAAAGACCAUCAGCUUUGCUCUCAAGUACUUAACCUAGAGUCAGGAGAUUGUGGUAGCUUUGUUUGGCUUCAUUGCACCGAGAGCAUCUUGGGUUGUGUUGGUGAGCCCUGUGUAAGAGCUCACAGGCUCUCACCGACCGCACAGCUUGGUCUGCUCCAGUGUUGAGGGAAAAUUCUGUUUUCUCACUUUUCUCAAUGGAAUGCUUGCCACAGUCUUUUAAAGAAUACCUGGAACUGGUUUCUCCUGGCGGCUUUAAUAGUUCUGAAAGGAGUAAAACUGGAACAUUCUUAAAGUGUGGGUAAGUUGUUUAGUAGCCUAAUAAAUAUACCCCAGCACUUUUUUUUUUUUUUUCUGGAAGAGGGCAUUCUUUUUUUAUUCAACAGAACUUUCCCAUAAAAGCAUUGUAUUACCUUGCAUUAAGGUCUCUGGAUGUUUUUGCAUUAUUAAGUUAAUGGGUAGCUAGUCAUCAUUUUAUGCUAGCAAAAAAUGGAGAGAGAGAAUUCAGUUUCUUGAGGUUUUUGCAUAUUGACUGCACCAGCUAUGAAUCAGAGUUGAGUCCCACCAAAGCUGGGUACUGCCAGGCCAACACAGGAAGGCAUGCAGAAAGGUGUGCAGUGGCCUGAGGGUUGAACUCCCUUGGGGGACACUGUGGUUUGCAAAACUUACUUAAGGUGAUACCGGCCCUGCUCAAUUGAAAUAUUGCUAGAAUUCUUCAUCUGCAAGUGUGAGGAAAUAGUUUGCUCCCCUCCCAUUUUGUAAUUUUCAGAAAAUGCUUCCUCCUCUUGUGUGCCUGUUUCUCCUCCAGUGCAGUGUACAGUGCCACCUUGGCCGAGGGCUGCUUUCCUAUCAGGUACUUAAAGCCAAACUCACUGUUCAUGCAGUUUGAUUGGAUAGUCAACAUAGGCAGCCGAUUUGGUUAAACUGACUAUUCUAUGUGCGCCUAAAAGUAGGCCUUUAAAAGAAAGCCAGAACCAAGCAUGUUGGCUUUUGCCUUUAAAACCAGAACGUGGAAGGCAGAGGCCAAAAUAAUGACACGUCCAAGUAAAUAGAUGGUGAUUAUUUUGAGAGGUGGUACACAUUUUGUACAUACUUUAAGGGUGGACCUUGAGCUUCAGUAACCAUGUCAUCUUGUGACCUCUUGUUACAGCUGUAUCCUGACCUUACAGGCUUAUUUUCUUUGGGACAGAAAGCAAAAUUUGACGUCGUAACUCUUUGCCUAAUCGCUCCUAGGCAGGGUCAUUGAGAAGACGCCCCCACUGGGGUGCAUGAAUUGUACAUUGCUAAAUUUUGUGGAAAAGUCACCUUUUCUGGUUCCCUUCACAAGUCUGUAGCCGCUCCGUAUCAUGGGACUGGGAUGAAAUGAGGUUCAUGUGUGUGGAGGUGAGGUUGCAGAGGAAUGGAUGCCCCUUGGCCCGAUGCUGUGCACACGCCUCCAGAGCUCAGCCCUGUCCAGCUGUCACUCCCCUGCUGUCUGUCGUGCUUUCUGUCGGCUUGCAAAUUUGCACAAGUGAAUAAUUCCUCAGGAAGAGUUUGCACAUGUAUCACCUCACCGUUCUUUGUGUAAACCAAAUGGGAUUAAAGGUUUUCAGCACAAAAGGCUGACUUGAAUGGUCUGUACACCUACCAGCAAAGGCCACAGUGAACUAGCAGACAGAACCGGUUUGCAGGUAACGUGGGCAGGAACACUUGUCUCAUGGUGUUUCAGCAGACAGACCUGUUGAUUCUCCCUGUACCCAGAGUAAAUAACCUUUCAGAUUUUAUUGUCUUGUUGAGGCUGCCUGUGUUUUCUUCUGUUUCUCUUCUAAAAGUUAUUUCCGUGAUUAAUAUUUGAGAGGCAUUGCCCUUGAACUAAAAUUCCAUUGUGUAUUAAGGAACUAGUAUUAAACUAAGCAUUAUUUUGUGAAUAUACACUAAUCUGAGAUAUUAAACAACUAAGGCAAAACAAAAACUCUGCAUUAGCCAUCCAGCCAUUGUUAGGAUGUUGUGAGUAGAUAUUUAUGGUGUGUCCUUGAAUGUUUAACUUGGAAUAUUGUCUACUUUUGUUCAAAUCUAGGCCUUUUAAGGGUAUGUUAAAAUUCAAGAUUGAAAUGUGAAGCCCUUGACUAAUACCUGUAAGAUGUUUAGAGGACCUUUUUGGUUGUAAUUACUUUCAGUGAGAGUGUGUAAAAAUCAAACUGAUUUUUAUCAGAGGUUAAAGUGAAGUGGUAGGAGUUCAUCAAGAAAGGCUCUCCUGUGCUUUCAUUACUGGGUUGAAAUUUGCCUCCACUUGAGAUCCCCAGAAAUGUAUGGUGGCAGGAGCCCUGUUCUUUCCUCAAGGGAAUGCCUCCUCCCCUGCUGUGAUAACCUCAAUCACUGCACCUCCCUCGUGCACUUGACCCUCCUCCAGGGCCAGUGGCAUCGGUCCACCCCUUGCUACUUCUGUGGAUGGUGUGAGUGUGAGAGCUGAAGGAAGUGCUGCUCAGAUCCAUUCUUAUAGGACCUGGGGGCACACUGUGCCCUGCUGGGAUUGUCUAAUCGCAGGCUGCACUCCAGUGUUAGAAAAAAGCUGGUGGAGACUUGCAGCGUGGCUCUAAGGUUCAGAGUUCUGUAGUUUGGGGAAAAUAAAUGCUUUGUAUUGCUUCUUCGGUGUCACCUCAGUAUUAUGACUGUACUAAAUGCAGGAAGGCGGCAUGUCUCUUAGAGUGUGCUUUGUUAAAUGGGUGCCCGUGUUUGCCUUCUUAGUCUGUCAAUGUUACAACCAUUUGAUUGAGAAAUUGGUAAAAUGUGAAGUUGUGGGGAACCCUGGCUAAAACCAGAAAUGCUUGUGUAAAAUGUAGAGAUCGAAUCAGGCAGGAGGUUUUUACCAGCUGCCAGCACAGCCAGAUCAAGGAGGAAGCAGCGAAGUCUCAUCUGCAGCGGCAUUUGUUGGAAGGCAUGGCAGGCCCAGCGCCGGUGUGCUGCCAUCUCAUUCAUUAACCCAGUGAAGACAAUGUGACUGAGGGACUGACUGGCCACGAUACAAAGCUACUGACUUGGGUUGUUUCCUUGUUAGGGUGCACCCUCUCACUCUAAAACAUUGUGGUUGAUGAGAAAUAAAUCUUGUACAGAUGUCCUUGAACUUGUUUUGUUAUACAGAUGUCCCUGGUCUUGAUACCUGUUAAAACAUGGAUAUUCAAAUCUA